AUGGAACAUCACCGCCAGGCCAUUGCGACCUAUCUAGAUCAGUCAAACACACGAAGCAGUAACCGGCAGUGGCUAGCUCGAGGACAAUUCCCUCUGCUCUUGAAGAAGUACUUCAAACGUCAUCAUCGCCACACUCCCAGCAUCCACCUCCCAACAUUCAGCAUCGUAGAGUGUCCUACAUCGUUGAUGUUUGCACUCGCUUUGAUUGCGGCAUCUUACGUCCCGACUCUUGGAUUGCGUGCAAAAGAUAUCGUCACUCCUUCUGGUUAUGCAUACCACCCCGCUGUUAUGGCUGACGAAUUAGAUGACUCCUUCGGUCUUAGCGCUGGCGGCCCAGCUGCUCUCGAAACGCUCCAAGCUCCGGUUCUCCUCUCCAUACUAGACCGUUUAAUGCUGAAAAGAAUUACUGAAUCACCACACAGCAUUGACCUUUGUAAGAUUGCGCAGCUUGCACCUCCCGAUCCACCGGGCGUCACGUGGCAGGAAUGGUCAAUAAUGGAAUCCAGACGAAGGCUUGGCCUCGUACUCUUUGCAUUCGAUGCCUUCAUUUCAUGCGUGCACGAUGAAACACCCAACAUUCGCGUCGAUGAACUCAACCUACAAUUUCCCAAUCCCGAAUACCUGUUCAUAGCGGCCAGAGAGGUGGAGUGGACAGACGCGAGCCGCCAGCGCGCACUCAAUACCCUUCCUGACACCCUAAUGGGCAGAUUCGUGCUAUUAAACGGCAUCUUACAACACGCCUGGCGAACAAAACGUGUAUUGCGAGAGAACGCUUCUGUCCUAAGCGAUCCAGCACUCCAGUCAUACUUACGAGGCAAGGAGAACGCCAUCCACAACUCGCUCCGCAAGUGGCGGGAAGGCUGGCCAGAGAGUCGUCUUGAUUUCGAGCCCCUGUCGGAAAGCCCAUCUCUUUAUCAAGACCGCGAAGCAUGCUGGUACCUCGCAGGCAUCCCAAUACUGCCACAUGUCACCAUGGGCCCGCCCAAAACGGCGACAAGUGACGCUGCUGGGGUAAUGACUGUGCAACAGACGUUCGAACGCCUCAUGUUACUCUCGGACCAGGGUUUGCUACACACUGUGGGACAAGACUUCAAUGCCACAUACCGCCUGGUUACGGAACACUUUUCGUCCGAGACGAGCAACAGCACGCUCGGUGCUUUGGUGUAUAGGGAAGCAGAUACGACAAGAGCUGGGUUUGAGGAGUGA